UUUGCCGCCGCGUCCGGGGCCGCCGCCGCCGCCGCCGCCGCCGUUUCGGGGCUCAGGGGGGGCCGAAAAACCCAAAUUCCGGGGGUUUUCCCCCCAAAAAACCCCCCGGGAUGGACUCAGGGGGAUCCAAAGCGCUGCCGGACCCGGCGGACGCGAUGACGUCAGACGACUUCGACAUCGUCAUCGAGGCCAUGCUGGAGGCGCCCUACAAGAAGGAGGAGGCCCAGCCCGGCCCCUCCAAGGCCCAACCGGAGCCGCCCCCGGCCCAGCCGCCCCAGGAGGAGCCGAAAGAGGCCAAAAAGGAGAGCGGGAGCAGCAGCCGGAAGAAGCGGAGCCGGAGCCGCGAGCACAGACACAGCCGCAGCCGGGACCGGGAGCGGGAGCGGCGCCGCCGCAGCCGCAGCCGCGAUCGCCGCAGUCGCCACCGGAGCCGCAGCCGAGAGCGACGACGGAGCCGCAGCCGCGAACGGCGCAGCCGCGACGAGAGGGCCAGGCGCCGCUUCGGGCACAGCAAAAGCCCCUUGUACCGGGAGAAGAGCCCGGGGAGGGAGCCGCUGGGCUCGCUGAGCCCCGAGGAGCGGGACGCGCGCACCGUGUUCUGCAUGCAGCUCGCCGCCCGCAUCCGCCCCCGAGACCUCGAGGAUUUCUUCUCCGCCGUCGGAAAGGUCCGGGACGUUCGCAUCAUCUCGGACCGGAACUCGCGGCGCUCGAAGGGCAUCGCCUACGUGGAGUUCUGCGAGAUCCAAUCGGUGCCUUUGGCCAUCGGCCUCACCGGCCAGCGCCUCCUCGGCGUCCCCAUCAUCGUCCAGGCCUCACAGGCCGAGAAGAACCGCCUGGCGGCCAUGGCGGCGCCCCUGCAGAAGGGCUCGGGAGGCCCCUUGCGGCUCUACGUCGGCUCCCUGCACUGCAACAUCACCAAGGACAUGCUCAGGGGCAUCUUCGAGCCCUUCGGGAAGAUCGAGAGCAUCGUCCUGAUGAGGGACCCGGAGACGGGACAGUCCAAAGGCUACGGCUUCAUCACGUUCUCGGAGGCGGAGUGCGCGCGGCGGGCGCUGGAGCAGCUGAACGGCUUCGAGCUGGCCGGGCGGCCGAUGCGCGUGGGGCAGGUGAGCGAGCGGCCCGACGGCUCCAGCGACGUCACCUUCCCCGAGGGCACACCUGGAGCCACACCUGGAGCCACACCUGGGGUGACGUCAUCGGCAAUGACGUCAUCGGGAAUGACGUCAUCGGGAAUCACCGCCCCCCUCACCUGCGGCGACGAGCCCGAGCUCGGCACGGCCGCGGGGAGGCUGCAGCUCAUGGCCAAGCUGGCCGAAGGCUCGGGGCUGCAGCUGCCGGCCCCGGCUCAGGCGGCGCUUCAGCAGCUCAACGGGGCCCUGAACCCCCUGGGGGGGCUCAACCCCGCCGCCCUCACAGCCCUGAGCCCGGCGCUGAAUUUGGCCUCUCAGUGUUUGACGCUCUCGGGGCUCUUCUCGUCCCAGACCAUGUGAGAUCGGCUCCGCCCCUUUUCCCCUUUGGCCACGCCCCCUCCCCUCCUAUUGGCUGGCGGGAAAAGGGGGCGUGGCCUCGGUGUUGGCCCCGCCCCCAACCCGGAAAUGGGAAUUUUUUUGGGGUUUUUUUUUGGGGUUUUUUUGGGGUUUUUUUGGGGGUUUUUUUUGGGGGGUUUUGGCUCCGGAAUGAGAAAAAUAAUAAUAAAAAAAUAUUCACAAAAAAUAAAA